UGUGAAUGUAUGCUUAUAACUGAACGUUUAUUUUUGAUAACACAGCUUACAAUACCAAAACAUACCAGCUACUUUGACUAUUUUUUAAUUUUGGUGACUGAAAGAUGGAAGUUUCUUCUGCAGUACUUCUUCCAGUAGAGGCAGAGGGUUUUGCAAGAAGUCUGGAGCAAAUGGCAUUCCGGGACAUAGGCUCUCCAGGAUGGCUAAAACAACAUGAGUAUAUAGAAAAGCUGAAUAUACAAGGAAUUCUGAACGCAUCUGCAAAUGAAGAUGAAUUUGUUAAAGAAUAUCUCAGCACUUACAAAAAGAUUUCAGUGCUGAUCCAUGACUUGAUAUCUGUAGAAAUCUGGAAACUGAAGAUUUUCCCAGUUUUAUGCCAGUUGCAGGACUUCAAACCAAAAAGCACAUUUCCAAUCUAUAUGGUGAUCCAUCACGAGGCUACCAUUGUAAACCUGCUGGAAACCAUUUUAUAUCAUAAGGAGGCGUGUGAGUCAGCAGAUGAAAUUAUUCUUGACUUAAUUGAUUACUGCCAAAGGAAAUUAAUGUUUCUUGCAACCCAGAGUGAUAAUUGUGAAACACAGAGAGAAGACCGAAUGCUGAUGAAGGAUCUUUCUGAUGCUGUUUCCUUACAGGAACUUAAGAAGCAGUCUGAACUACUGGAGUUUGAUAUUUCACUGAAAUCUCUCACCAUUCUGCGAUAUAUCACUGAUCAUAUUGACAGUUUACCACUCAGUGCACUGACAAGGCUAUUAAACAUCCACAACCUACCAUGUCUGCUUGUUCAGCUAGUGGAACACAGUCCUUGGAGCAAAUAUAAAGAAGGGCAGUUACAGAAGUAUUCAGAUGGCAGGUGGCAUACAGUGACUUCAGAAGAUCGUCUUAAAAUGACCAAAUUGGAUGGGCAAGUGUGGAUUGCACUUUACAAUCUAUUACUGAGGACAGAAUGUCAGCAAAAAUAUGACAUAAAUAGCUUUACAAAAAAUCAGCUCUUGAAGCUUCGCAGAUUCUUGACAGAAGUACUCAUUGAUCAGUUGCCAAACCUUGUGGAACUACAGAAGUUUCUUAGUCAUCUUUCUGUGGUGGAACCACCACCUCCAAAGAAGGAACUCAUUUUGCAACAGAUUCCUGAAAUAUGGGACCAGAUUCACAAAGAGAACUUUGGGAAAUGGAAGGCUAUAGCCAAAUAUCAAGUAAAGCAGGCAUUAAAUCCUUCUGAAGAAGAUCUUCGACAACAAGCACUCAGAUGGGCUGAAACAUAUAACUUAGAUGUGAUGGAGUCUCUAAUUCCAGAGAAACCCAAAUGUGGAUAUUGUGGAGCAGAAGGGUCAAAGCGGUGUUCUCGCUGUCAGACUGAGUGGUAUUGCGGAAGACAGUGUCAAGUGCAACACUGGCAAAAACACAAGCAAGCCUGUAACCUGAUGGCAGAUGCUAUGAAGAAGCUGAAAGAGGAACUUAACAUCCAGCCAUAAAAGCUCUGCAUUUAUAAUCAGCACAUCCAUUCCUAUUACUGGAGGAAACUUCUGGAUCAUACAUUUUCUCUCGAUCAGAGGGCCUAAAAAAUUAUGAGAUACAGUGUUAAGCUUUUCCAUUAAGAGUCCAGCUGUCUUGGCAAUGAAGUGUACAACUCUGUAACAGAACAAUGGUCUCCCUAAAGCUGUUUGAAAUAUUGUGAGCAGAAAGCAGUAUGUAUAGUGGAUUCAGAUGACAUUUCCCAGGCUUUAGUAGGGAAUAUCCACAGACUCAGAUAUAUUCUGCAAGAAACAGAAGCAAAUCAGUAGUGCUCACCUACAGAUAUAUUCUUCCUGUUAGUAUUGCUUUUGUUACUAUACUGCUGAAGAACUGCUAUAAUGACAAACCUGUGUGAUUCUGCAAAUGUUACUAUUUGAUAUAAAAUGCUGCAGCAAACAAUAUGUUUUUAUUUAAAUGUAGAAAUAGGUUUGCUGUCUACAGGGAGUACCACAGAAACACUUCUACGUUAAGCAUUUUGUCUUGUUCAGGGAUAGUAACUACUGUAGAACAUUAUUGUUCCGGAGAUGGUCACUCGAAGAUAUUUUCAAAUCUUGUGUCUGCCAGAAAAUAUUUAUACAAGUGCUACAAAAGCUGCUUUGAUGUUGAAUAGCUGCAUAUACAGAAACUAUCCAUUGUUUUAGGUCAGUGUUGCCCUGUGUCACAUGUUCAUGCCACAGCCCCUCCCCCUGAUUAUUUAUGCUGUAUUAUUUAAAUGUUAAAAUUAUUUAAAAAAAUAACUGGUUGUAUCAGCAGACACGUAAUCUAGAAACAGCACAUUGAGAAAUGUCACCAUUUUUCCUGUUGUGUUAUACCUAAUUUAUUUUGUCAUCUAGUGGCAGUUUAGCUUAAAUAAAUUAAUCAUUUAACAAUUCCUAUCAGGGUGAUGGAACUGUACGGAAAUGCUUCUUAUUUAUGUGUGUUUAACACUAUUUUCUUUUGCUAAGUGUUUGUCUUGGUACAGUUUGCUUUGUUGUACAGAUAGCAACAAAUUGAUGCGUCUGAUUUUAUUAGAACUGAUUGUUAAUCUUUUUAUUUCCAUAUUAGAUUAGGGUCUGAUCAGUUUUCUCAGAAUACUGUUAAGAAUCUUGAGGAAAAAUGCAAGGCAUGUUUAGUCUGUUUCAUGUGUGAUGGUGGGUCUUUACCACCACAUCUCCCCAAGCACACAUGCAUGUACACCAUAAAUUGUGUUUGCAGUUUGUA